AGAGAUGACGGCAUGGAGGUAGCCAGUUUCAUGCGGGCACCAUGCUCGAGAUCGCCUGCGUGGUUCGCAAGCUCUGUCUUUCAGCCCAGUUUGGGUCGAGCACAGAGCUCGCCGAGCUCGCCCCGCACGCACGGCUCGCUGAAUCGAGCUGCGGUGCUGGCGUGGUCGCUGGGCCUCAUAAAGGGUCGGCGACAGCGAACUUCACGCCGAGCGGCAGACAGGCUCCGCAUCGCCGGGCGACAUCUGGUGGAUGAGGAGGGCCGCAUCGUUCUGCCCCGGGGGAUCAACUUCUCGGGCCUCUCCAAGGUGCCCCGUGUGCCGGAGGGUGCCACCCACCUGGGUGGCCCAAGCUUCUACGAGCACCGGGAGGUGUCCUUCGUGGGAAGACCCUGCCCUUUGGAGAGACUCGAGGAGCACCUCAACCGGCUCCGCGGCUGGGGCUUCACCCUGCUGCGACUGGUGAUCACCUGGGAGGCUGUCGAGCAUGCGGGGGUGGGUGAAUAUGACUUGGAGUACCUGCAGUACUUGAAGGAGGUCUGCAGCCGUGCGGGGGAGAAGGGCUUUUGGGUCAUCAUCGACCCCCACCAGGACUGCUGGUCUCGUUGGACCGGUGGGGAUGGAGCACCCGGCUGGACCUUGGAGGCCGCCGGCUUCAGGCUGGGCCCAGAGCUGCACAGCAGCGGGGCGGCCUUCCUGCACCAAGAGCACGGCGACCCGCUGCCCUCCAUGUCUUGGCCCACGAACUACGACAAGUUGGCGUGCGCCACCAUGUUCAGCCUGUUCUGGGCGGGCGACCUCGUCGCUCCGGGCGUCCAGGAUAACCUGAACCAAGGGCAGACACUCCAGCAGCUGCUUCAGGGCAGCUUCCUGGCAGCCAUGGCACAAGUCGCCAGGACGCUGCGCGAGGUGCCGUGUGUCCUGGGCUUUGAGACCAUGAACGAGCCCCAUCCCGGGUGGCUGGGCCGGGGGACCCGAAAGACACCGAAAAAUUCCCGCAGCGCGAAGGAGCCGCAAUCAAAACCUGAUGAAGGCAAGGGACAAUCCCGACCAGCGACCAUUUGAAUACCGG